AUGGCAAAACACAAAUGUAGCUCAUCAUCAGAAGGGAGUGAAAUAUCUGCAAUGGUCGAUGAGAAAAUGAGGGAGAGAAUGAUUUCGAACCGCGAAUCGGCACGGCGGUCAAGGAAGAGAAGAGAGGAGCAUAUCAAGGUUCUCAAUUGCCAAUUGACCAUGUUCAAGAACACCAACAUUGAGAUUGUUCAGAAAAUCAAUUCCAUUACGCAACAAUCCAUGGCUGUGGAGAUGGAGAACCAUAUAUUGACUAGGCAGCACAAUGAGCUGACAAAGAGGUUGGAGUCUCUGGAAAUAGUUGCUAGCCAUGUGUGUGGGUAUCUGCAAGACAUUCCUCAAUAUGAUUCACAACCAUGGCAGCUUCCUAGCCAAUCUGUGCCUCUCAUGGCUUCAGUUGGGAUGUUCAAAUUUUGA